AUGCCUGCGAAACCGAUCAAGUGUGGCAUCAAGUGCUGGAUGCAUUGCGAUUCCAGAUCAGGAUACCUUGCCAAUUUUGAAGUUUACCUGGGACGUGACCGUAACAAUGUGGAGCAUGGACUGGCCUACAAUGUUGUCAUGAGACUCGCACGAUUUAUUAGGAAUACAUUCAGAUGGGUCUUCUUUAACAAUUUCUUCACUGGACUUCCUCUGGUGAAAUCCCUUCUCCAAAAUGGACUGUAUUCAUGUGGCACAGUGAGGUGCAAUCGGAAGGGAUUUCCCCAACAGCUGAAGAAGCCAGCAGCUCUUCGGCAAAGAGGUGACUCGCAAGUCCUGCAGCUUGGGGACAGCAACAUCACGGUCUCUGUCUGGAUGGACCGCAAGCCCGUUCACCAUUUGUCCAGCCUAAGUGACCCCACCGAGAUUUGUGAUGCAACCCGUCGAUCUGGCCAGAACAUCCUCCAUCUACAACAGCCCCACUCAGUUGCAGCCUACAACAGGUCUAUGGGAGGUGUUGAUCUGCAUGACCAGCUGCGUGCCAAGUACCCAUCAGGCCGGAAUUCGAAGAAAUGGUGGCGGUACCUCUUCUGGUUUCUACUGGAUUCGGCUAUUGUGAAUAGCUACGUCCUCUACAAGGAGUGGUCCACCAGGGAAACCAUGAAAAGGAGGUACACGCAUCUCGACUUACGGAGGGAGCUGUUGAAGGAGCUUAUUGGUAGCUACCGGAAGCGCAAGCACAGCGAUAGGGAUGAUGCUGUGGACAGGCCAGCGUUGAUGCCCGUAGAGAACAUCGUAGGUCCCAGGAAUGUGCGGCUCAAUGCGAAGCGUACAACAUGCAAGUACCACAAAACCAGGGUUGGACACCGCAGUGACACUGUAUAACUAUGGAUGCGAAGUUUGCAAUGUACACCUGUGUAAGGAGUGCCAC